UAAUCGAAUAUUAGAUCAUUCGUAUUGUUUUCUUGGUCUCUAUUUGUUGAUUAUGAAACCUAGUUGAGGGAAUCUUUUGGCAUCAAAAAUCAAGAGGUUCUUAUAGUCAGCUCCUAGCUAGGUAAGGCACCUCCUACUAAUACAUGGCCCACCAACGCACAGACAAAGAUUUGCAGAUUUUGCACAUAUUCUCUGUAGUCUACAACUGUAUGUACUAUGUACAUGGCACUAAACCGAGACUCAAAAAACUUAGUGAAUUUCACAGCGGCUCUGAACAAAAAUCUUGGAGUGUGUAAAGAAAAGCAAUAACAAAAACAACAAACAACAAAUGCUCUCUUGACUCAAAAACAAUAAACAAGAGUACUAAAGCAUCGGUUUCAGCUCUUCUGCCUUGGACCUUUUCAUUUGGCCACUUCUUUCACUACUCGAUACCCCCCCUCACACGCAUUUUCACAAACACCUUCUCUCCAAAUAGUCAAGCACAUACAAGCACAACCUUUAUUACUUCUCUACGCACAAACAGAAAGAAAAUGCGAUAUAUGCUCACACUCUCCCUUGAAUCUUACGACACCCGCACUCUUUCUCUCUCUCUCUCUCUAUAUAUAUAUAUAUAUAUAUAUAUAUAUAUCUCAAGCUUCACUCACUCACUUAGUCAACAUGGCGCAGCAGCAAUUCAAUCAAAUCCAGCACAACUACCAUCGACAGCCUAUGAAACUAAGCAAAGCAGGAGAUAGAGAGAGGAGAUACAAGUUUCACCUUAACGACCACAUUGACAUCCUAAUCGAGAUCCUGAAGCGUCUAGACGGCCGAUCUUUAAGUGUGGCAGCCUGCGUGUGUAGACUCUGGUGCACCAUUGCGCGCAGCGACUCGCUCUGGGAGAACCUCUGCUUCCGCCAGGUGUCUCCUCCGCCAUCCGGUGUGCGACCAGUUGUGGUGGCGUUGGGCGGGUAUAGACGUCUUUACAUGGUUUGCGUCCGGCCCGUGCUGAGUCGGCUUGGCGAUGAGUCGGGGAGGACGGGUCGGAGAGUUUGGAGUCGGGAGGAGGUGCAGCUUUCGCUCUCUUUGUUUUGCGUUGAUUACUAUGAGAGGCUCGGAGUUGGGGAAAGAUUUGGUAACGCGUCCCCAUCGUCUCUCUUGUUCCUAUGAACUAAUGAAGGCCAAUCAACGUCUGAUCACUCACGAUAGGGAUCACGUAUCUCAGUUAUACGCAAAUAAUUUAUGUGCAUCAUUUCAGACACGUGGAGUCACGAAUCAAUCUAUUUGGAUAUUGUGUGUCCAAUUCAAUAACUGGAACAACUCGAA